GUGAUCCCCGCCCACUUUCCUAGCAACAAUGAACAACAUGGCGUCUUCAUGGACUUUUCCAGGCGUGUUGGCGGUGCUGUGUUUCUUCUUCCUGUGUGUCCUACAGCCUGUAGAGGCUUAUGACGGCGGGGACGCUGUGGCUCUGCUCUUGGGGAUGGCUAUCACGGUGGUCGGCUUCUGCGCGUGUCUCGGCUGGUACGCACGGAGACGCAGCGGACAGUUUUGAUCCGACAUGUAGGCCUGCCCUGCGGUCCGGAAAUGCGGUCGCUUUUCGCCUCCUGAAACCCCGCGCCAGCCGUUCGCUCUUUUCCUGAACGUGUGGCGUUUAAGAGACUUGACAGUGAAGUGGAAGGAGAAGGAGACUGGACUUGAGGGUCCGAGUUCUAAAAGAAGGAAGUUGUGUUUCAGCACCAAACCGGAGAGACAGGAUGCUGUUUACAAGUCAACAUGCACUUCCAGUGGACACACCGGGAUCAUGGCGUUCAAGCACAUCUGUACGACAUCUGGACUUUCCUAUACUUGGGUGCACGAUGACAUUACACGACUACACACUCACUUUUUUUUUCUCUCUGUUCUUUUCUUCCUCCUGCUAAACAUAUCACUCUGUUAUUCCACUGUUCCCUGGAGUCAUGCUUCAGAUUUUUAAGCACUGAAAGUCGUGUUGCCCCUGCUGUUUUGCACUUAAAAUUUGUGGUCUUAAUAUAGUGAACUACUUGACAGAUCAUUGCUUCUUGCAUAUGCUUAUUUUUCUGUAAUAAACUCUAUGAUUGCUGCA